UCUCUGUGCCGCCAAAUUGGGAGAAGAAGAAGAAGAGGAAAGGGACGGACCUAAGCACAAUUGAAUCUCACUAAGCUAUGCAAUCAAAGAUCAAUUCUUUCUUCAAGCCCUCGUCUUCGCCUCCUAUCGCCGCCUCAGUAACACCAGAAACAGACGAUGGUUUAUCCGCCUGGGAGAAUAAUCGGAACGUCAUCGUCAACACCUACGAGCGUCGAUCUCCCAAAGCCGAUAGAAGUGAAGUGCUUAAGGAACCCAUUGGGAAGCCACCGAGGAAAGGACCUUCCUUUGCACCUAAAACACUCAACAAGAAGCGUAGCUAUACUCAAUUCCACUUAGAGUUAGGCCAAUCUGACUUUCUUCUCAGGCAUUGUCCAGAGUGUGGAGCUACGUAUGCUCCUGGAGAUGAGUUGGAUGAGAAGAAUCAUCAAAGCUUUCACAAGGACUAUAUGAACGGAAUCCCUUUUAAGGGUUGGCAGAACGAGAGAGCCUUCACAUCGCCUUCUUUGGACAAGAACCGUGUUGUUAUGGUACUGGAAAAUGAUUCUCAUGCACAUAGGAACAAGGUGCAAGAGGCUGUGAAGAUGAUGGAGGUUGUGCUAGGUGAGGAUUGGAUUCUUCACAGACAUUGUAAGGUUUAUCUGUUUGUCUCCUCUCAGAGGAUCUCUGGAUGUCUAGUUGCAGAACCAAUCAAGGAAGCAUUUAAGAUCAUAUCUCCUCUUGAUGAUAAAAGACAGUUAAAGAAAGAGAGAUCAUCGCCUUCAACCACCAUUCAUUUCGGAGACAUUGUGUUGCAAAGAGAAGUAUCAAAAAGAUGUCCAGAAUCAGAUGAUAGAUUAGACAACAGAGCCAUUGUAUGUGAAGAAGAAGCUAAACCGGCUGUUUGUGGAGUUAGAGCUAUUUGGGUCUCACCUUCCCACAGAAGAAAAGGCUUAGCUACACAGUUGCUCGAUACAGCGAGGGAAAGCUUUAGCAAUGGGUGCGUUUUGGAGAAAUCUCAGUUGGCGUUUUCACAACCAAGCUCUUUGGGAAGAGCUUUUGGAUUUAAUUAUUUUGGAACUUCUUCUUUCUUAGUUUACAAAGCCCAACUAUCUGUACCAGGCCCAAUACUUUAGGAAGGCCCAACUAAAAGCAUAUUGACUUCCUAUCAUCUAGCAUAUUUUAUUUGUUAGGAGUUGCUAAAAGAUGCACAAUAAAAUCCCUCCAUUUUUAUUA